AUGGCCAAUGUUCUUGAGAACAACGAAAAGCUGCCGGGAGCACGGGUGUAUCACACAAGGGUGUACGAUAUCGUCCUUGAGAACAAUGUAACAAAGCAAUCUGAGGUGCUCGUGCCGCCGUAUCUACAGAGUGUGUUCGAUCUUGUAAACUCGUUCAAAAAUGGAGGCAAUGCACGUAUACUGAGUCCAAGAAUAGCUCCACUUAUGCCAGACAAAGCCAAGCGGAAAGGAUUUCUUUCGCCUUCAGUGUUUCCCUUCUACAAAGACGACACAGAAGAACAAAUAAUGCCUAUUCCAAAGCUUCUGGAGGAGACAGGAAUGAGCGAAAAGGAUCGUGAAAAGGUGUUCGAAAUGAUCAUGGAGGUCGCAGAGACGUUUGAACGACUGCGUUCUUCUAUGUCUGGAGAGCAAAAUGAUGAUUUGAAGAAAAAAGGAUAUACGUUCCUGGAGCAAGCACAAUGGAAAAAGCUUCAUGAAGAUCAAGACCUCCAUGAGCCUGAAAUCAAAUCUAUGGUCGACGAGUAUGGAACGCUGACUAAGGAGCAACGUGAAGAGGCCCUGUGGGAAGCGAUAUCUAAUAUAGCUGGUCUCAACAAACGUCGACGGCAUAAACGCCAGUUUCGAACGCUUUCUGUACUGGCGCCAACCGUGCUCAGUCCAUACCAAUUUGCUCCUGUCUACGGAUUGAGCGUUUUAGGACCUGUCGUCCUUUCGCCAAACACCUUCUCGCCACUCGUUUUGGAUCCGUCUGUUCUUGGACCAUGGGUUCUGUCACCAUCCGUUCCUUUACCGUUUGUUAUUUCGCCAUACCUUCUCUCUCCUUAUGUACUGUCUCCUCUCGUUAUGGCUCCGUUUGUUUUCUCACCGUACGUACUUUCUCCGAAUGUCAUUAAUCCAUAUGUGCUGUCACCUGUUGUCCUCAGUCCAAUGGUUCUAUGUCCUGAUGUGAUAUCUCCAAUGGUGCUCGCAGGGUCGGUUCUUUCCCCUUCUGUAGCAUCGCCCAGUGUCCUUUCCAAAAGUUAUCUCAUGGCCGAUGUAUUGUCACCGACAGUGUUUUCUUAG